AAAUCUACAAUAAAUUGUAGGUCUGUAUACUUAGUCGGUUAUUGUAAACAAAAAUAUUAAUAAACUCUUGUUAAAAUAAGAUACCUAUUAAAACUAUUUUAUUAAUAAUGAAAAGUUAUACUAACUUGCAAUAUUUUUUGACUGUGUUUAUAUUAUGUUUUAUGAAUUUGGGAUACAAUGCACAAAUACUGGAAUUAUAUGAAGGUGAUAUUUGCCGUAAAGGUAAUGGGAAAUCUUCCGACUCCAUUUGUCGAAAUAUUAAAAAUUGUCCAGUUGCAAUGGAAGGACUCAAGGAAAAUAUUAGACCGCAAUUAUGCUCAUUCAGUGGAUCAAUUCCUAUAGUUUGUUGUCCGCCAGCAAAUAAAAACCCUUCCAUUCCACCCCCUACCCGGCCUACCAGUCCAUCCUCUACCACUUUACCCCCUAAACCAUCUACUUCUACAACAAAAAAACCAAUUGUGAGAACAUAUUCAGCCACUGAAAUGUGCACUCAGUAUUCAGAAUUAAUUUAUUUUAUAAUUCAGGAUCCUAUAUUAACGUCAAAUAAUCAGGAAUACAUCAAAAUUAAAGAUUGCUAUGAUGCGAUUACCUUAAUUACCAACGGUACAGAAGCUAAACCGAAGGAAUUUCCUCACAUGGCUUUGUUAGGUUAUAAUGAAAAACCAGAUUCGUGGGCAUGUGGAGGAUCGUUGAUAAGUAAGAAUUUUGUACUAACGGCAGCUCACUGUGAAAAACAAAAUAAAAACCCGGCAAAAUGGGCUCGCUUAGGUGAUCUAGAUUAUGCCUCGGACACUGACGAGGCUAAACCUAAUGACUAUAAAAUAAUUGAACGCAUAAUACAUCCAAAUUAUAAACCACCUUCUUUAUACAACGAUAUAGCAUUGUUUCGCUUAGAAAGAGAUGUAGACUUCUCGCCAUUUGUACGACCUAUUUGUCUCAAUACAGAUCAAUCUUUAAGACCACCAGCAAUAAUAGCUACAGGAUGGGGAAGAACUGAUACAGCUGAAUCUGCAAGCUCGAAAUUAUUAAAAGUAAGUAUAAACACUAUUCCGACCAAACAGUGCGAUCAAAGUUACUUAUACAUGGCAAAUAGAAAUCAAAAAUUGUCUCGAGGAAUAGUUGAUGACCUUAUGUUAUGUACUGGCAAUCCAGAAGGUGGAAAUGAUACUUGUGCAGGCGAUUCAGGUGGCCCGAUUCAAAUAAUACACAAUAGGUACAUGUGUAUGUAUUCACAAAUAGGAAUAACGUCAUUUUCGGGGGUAUACUGUGGAACGGAUACACCUGGUGUUUAUACUCGGGUAUCGAAUUACAUUUCAUGGAUUGAAAAAAUCGUUUGGCCAAGAAUUAAAUAACUAAUAACUAAUAAAAUAAUAAAACACAUGUACGAAUUACAUUUUCUUUAUCCUUAAUUAAAACAUAUAUAAUCGUGUUCAAAUUUAUAUUUUAAUUGUGUAUAGUAACUGUGAGUUAUGAUGUUAAUCUUUCUAUACUUCAAUAUUGUCUGUAUCUUUAACAUAAUAGAUUUAAAAUGAAGAACAAAAAUAUAUGUAUUUGAUUUUUUUUU